AUGUCUUCCCUCUCCGUCCCAGACACCGGCAUGACCAUCAAACCUCCGUCGGCCCAAUCUUCGACUUCUCUGCGCCCGGCCAUCGGCCUCACUCUCCCGGACGGCAUUAUUGAAGCCAUGAUUAAGUGUGUGCAAGCAGGAAAUCCCAUUCAGCUAUCCCUGAGCGAGAAUCCUACCCGUGCAUCACGGAGGCUACUGCACGAAAGCACCAGUGAUUUGAUCGAUUUCACGCUGACCUAUUCCAAACAGAGCAUUUCAUAUGGCGAGAAGAUCCAGCACUUGGGUCUUUCCGAAGAUAGUCGACCCCGUGAGGUCUUUCGAACUACCUCUUCGAACCCAAUACCCUGCGAUAGCAAGGGAGCUAUUCCCCAUCCUUCUCCCAACACCUUCACCAGUAUCAAGAUGACCUCUACCCUGGCAGCCAUGAUCAGCCAGACCUACUGCCCGACAAAGUCACCCGAGUCAAUGUCAGCAUCUCAUAGUGUUUCUAAUUCCACAAAGAGAUCCACUACAGCUGGUGCCGAUGCUGCUCUAGCGGCGCUGCAAAGUUCGUUGGCUUCUGAAAGCAUAAAAAAGGCCGAGAAUACCGUCAAAUAUAUCAAAGAUGGUUCACUGACCAUUCCUGGAAAGCGAGGACCCUCUAAGCUAGGGAGUUCCUCUAGGUAUUUGGAUCACAACAGGUCCAACAACGACCUGAACAAACCCUCCUUGUCUCCUCAGCUCCCCUCAACCACCGUUCCCCUCUCCCAGCAGCAGGCCGUCCAGGCCAAGGCGGCCCGCAAGCCAGUCAUACAUCUGCUCGCUGUCGGUCCUCUAUCGGAAGAUAUACUCGGUUCUAAAGUACCUGAUGCCACUUCGCGGGAUCUGAAGCAGGCUUUGGAGAAGGUCGGUGACCUCAACGAGUCGUCUGGAAAGUGGGAGCUCCGUAAGACAUUUUUUAAGGAGUUAGACGUAUGGGAAUUCAAUUAUGACCGGCCAGAAGACCGACAGCGCGCUAUUGACAAUGCAGUGAAAAUUUUCGACAAGAUGCGUCUCAAUGUAUCUGAGCCCCAGUGGGAAAAGCUACUACCACGGAGUGAGAGGGCUACAGGUAAGUGUCUAAGUAGAUUGCAAGCUCAAAUAGCUCAAGGAUCGAACCAAAAAGCUUCCAAGCCUACAGAACCAUCUCGAGACACUUCCCCUGCUUCCAAGGACGACGGGGGGCAUGAGAAGCCCGUCUCCAAGAAAAGCGACGCUGCUGUCUCGACGCAAACAUCCACAACAAAGCCUAAGAAAGCUCCCAGCGCAAAAGAAGCACAGGCUAAACGUCUGGCAUCAAAAAAGCCCCCAUCGGCCAAGUCUACCAGAGUUAAGGGCACCGCAGCCGCGCCUGUGCCCAAAAAGAAGUGCCCGGCUCCUGCUAAGGAGACCAAGGUCACUAGCCGUAUGCUUUCUUCAGAAUAUGUUCAGUCAUCUGAUGACGAGGCUGCAGCCCCGGCUGAGGCAAUACAGACUAAGGCUAUCAAACGCCCGCGUGAGCAAGACGAAACACCGAAAGAGGCUAAUCGACCAGGAGUGAAAAAGGCGCGGAAAGACGCCGCCGUUGCACAACGCGUUCCGGAGGCCAGCCAAACUCGUGUAACAAAUACAACUCUGUCCUCGAGCUCAUCGAGCAAAAGUGCCAAGUCAAAUUCACCCCGAAAGUCAUCACCUCUAGCGUCGUCUCCUCCAACUAAUGCUAGCGAUUUGGAGCUCUCCACGGGCUCACGGAGUCCGGGCUCCGGCUCUCGAUCAAACGUCCAAAAACGCCAUGCGCCCGACUCGUCUAUAUCUCCCAGCUCGUCGACCACAUCUCGACGCCUACGGCCCGAGGUGACCGAUUUGGCCCGGAAAUAUAAAAUGUAUUACCCGAAAUACCUGCAGUUGCACGAACAGCUAACUGAAAUGGGCGAGCGACGGGAUCGUCACUUGGAGAAGGAUUUGCUGGAGAUGCAUGCUCGCCUCUACACCAUGAAGAAGGAGAUCAUGGCUGGUGUGAUAGAAGUGGGCUAA